AUGAUGACAUCCAGCUCCGUCCGUCGCAAUCUUUUUCACGGCAAUCUCAGCCGCCGACCUGCCUCUGCAGGACCACCCAAUGGCGUUGUUCCUCCAAACCCCAACGGGGUCUCCCAUCGACCGUCCAACCGACUCAAGCCGACGUCGUCGGACUCGGGACCUCAAACGCGACCCUUCAAGGCUGAACACAAGGAUAUCGUGGUUCGGGACAAGAGUGGAGGAUACAAGUUGGAAAUUCCCACAUUGCCGCCGUUGGGCAGUGAAGAUGGCGAAGAGCCCGAGCAGGACGAGACCUCUGAACCCCCCGAGCUGACCGGACCGGAGAAAGAGAAGAUCCUCCGCGACAUGAACGAGAGCCUCCGCAGGAAAGUGGCAUCAUUGGAUAUAGAUAAUUGGAUGUUUGAGCCUGAGAGAGACUCAUUUGCGAAUUAA